AUGGCUUACAGAAAGUCACUGCAGUCUCUUCUGCUCACUUUUUCUCUUGCAUCGAUAACAUCAGCUCUAUCAACGAAAAAUCUUCCAGAUAGUCAGUUGAUCGACCGAAGAAAAUCUCCAGCAUUGUGGCGAGAAGACUUGGCGCCUGAUGAUGAUGUUUCAAGGUCAAGCACCAGACGAUUGGUUCAGAGAGCACCAGAAGUCAUGAGCCCAGUGGGAGGGUGGCCUCAGCUACAGGCAGCAAUUGGAAAUGGUGCCGAUUCGAUCUACCUUGGCUUGUCAGCCUUUUCAGCACGCGCACGGGCAGCAAAUUUUGAUCCUGACGAAGAGCUUCCAGAGGCAGUUGCUAUCUGCCAUGAUGCAGGCGUCAAGGUAUAUGUUGCGCUCAAUACACUAAUAUUUGAUCACGAACUAGAAGAGGUCGAAGAACUGAUACGAGCUUGUGCGAGGGCAAAAGUUGACGCUUUGAUCGUUCAAGAUUUGGGUCUGGCCAAAUUAGCACGAGCUGUGGCUCCCAAUUUGGAACUCCAUGCAUCAACGCAACAGACAGUGACUUCCGCAGAUGGCGCUGCCUUUUGUGAGGAUCUCUUGGAUAGCUCUAGAAUUGUGUUGGGACGCGAAUUAUCGGUGGCAGAAAUCGACAAUGUUAGUGCUAAUUUGGAUCCAGAUAUCGAAAUUGAGACUUUUGUGCACGGUGCCUUGUGUGUCUCAUAUUCUGGGCAGUGCUUCAGCUCUGAGUUUGUGGGUGGUCGUUCUGCAAAUCGCGGACAGUGUGCACAAGCUUGUCGCCUACCGUAUGGAUUGAUUGACAACGGUGAACUCAAGGAAUUAGGCGAUUUCAGCUACCUGCUGUCGCCUCAAGACUUGUGUGGGGUUGACCAAGUCCCUCAGUUGCUGGAAUCGCAUGUGAGCUGCCUAAAGAUUGAAGGGCGUUUAAAGGAUGCAGCAUAUGUCUCUGCUACCACGAGGGCGUAUCGUAAUGCUGUCGAUGAUGCUUGGAAGAAAUACUGUGACAAACAUAACAUUCCAGCUGGAGCCAUGCGACAACUAGACUCAAGAGAGACUGUUUCACGAGAAGAGCUUGCUCAAAUUUUUUCGAGAGGACAAGACGAGCAAAAUAAUGGCCUUUCACCCGGAUUCUUCGAGGGUUCUGCGCACCAACGUCUAGUCCGAGGUCGCUCGCCACGGCAUCGGGGAGUUCAUGUCGGACGUGUUGGCGAAGGAUCGUCGUCGAAGACGGGGCUUAUCGUUCAAUCAGAUCACUUUGAUCGUCUAGACCUCAAGUUGGGCGAUGGGAUUGUCGUGGAUCGUGGAUUGGCGCAAGAAGAAGAGUUGGGCGGAGCUAUAUAUGAUAUUCGACAUGAUCAUAAUAACGACUGUGUCAUUCUGCACUUUUCCAAGGAUGUAGAGCGGAAAUGGAAAAAGCUUGAUGAUGGAGCUCGAAAAGGUUUUGGGUCCGGGACGGAACUUGCACCAGAAGGAGCACAUGUGUGGAAGACUAGUGACGCGAAGGUAGACAAGAAGAUGAAACGGCUGAGUGAAUCUGGUGCUCCACGAAACACUGCGCGGGUCUCUGUCUCCGGAUCCAUUGGAUCGCCUCUGAAGGUUGAAAUCAUGGAUGGUAAGGGAAACAUGGGCAUUGGAGUGUCGCCUGGAGAAUUGGCGCUGCCAGAAAAGGGUGGAUUGAAUGUCAAAAGCGUCAAGAAAGCAAUCGGAACACUUGGAAAUACCCAAUGGACGAUUGAAGAAGGAAUUGAUAUGGAUGAUUUGGGAGACAAUGUUUGGUGCCCCGUAUCCUGGAUCAAAGAAGCAAGAAGGCAAGCGGUCUUGGAAUUGGAGGCCCAAACUGAAACGGAAGAUGCCCCACUGAGUGAGCUCCACUUUGAUGUGACGAGCAGCCUGAUGAAAAAGAUGAAGUUAGAAGAGUCGUCAGAAGAUGAGGCAAUGAUUCCACGAGUUGUAGUACUUGCUCGGAAUUAUGGACAAGUCGAAAGCCUCUGCACAAUGAUCGAGAAUGGAGUUGGAAUCAGCGAGGUCAUCGUCGAUUUCUUGGAGGUUGAUGGCAUGGAGAAAGCUGUAUCAAGGUUACGAGAAACACGAGUUCGAACAGUUGUGGCAAGUCCGCGAGUCAUCAAACCAAAUGAAUCGGGCAUCUGGCGAACACUACUUCGUUUGGAGCCAGAUGCAUUGCUAGUCCGUUCAACUGGAUUGUUGUAUCGGAUGAUGAAACUGGGUGGACCAGGCGCUCAGGCGUCAAUCAAGACCACUGAAGACGAAGAGCAACUAGUCACGAUUCCCGAAUUAAUCGGAGAUUUCUCAUUGAACGUUGCCAACGCGCUGACGGCAUGGGAACUACUGCAGUACGGAUGCUCCAGAGUGACUGCAUCAUACGAUCUUAGUGCGAAUGGUAUCACAGAAUUACUCAAGUCAGUUGGAUCGAAAAAUGCGGGAAAUGUGGAAGUUGUGGCCCACACGCAUCUUCCAAUCUUUCACACGGAACACUGUGUCUUUGCACGUUUCUUGAGCAAUGGUGACAGUUACUUAGACUGUGGCCAUGCAUGCACGCGACAUAAUGUACAUCUGCGAGAUCAAGGCGGUGCGGACAACUUGGUACUUGCUGAUAUGGGUUGCCGCAAUACUGUAUUUUCGGCGCAGGCUCAGUCAGGGGCACACUCGCUUUCUGAUUGGAGAAGUGCUGGGGCCAACUCCUUCCGUAUUGAACUCGUGGACGAAUCCGACAAGGAUAUUCAGACCAUUGUACAGGGAUACAUUGACGUGUUGAAUGGUGAACUUAGGCCAAACAUGCUUUGGGAAGAGUUGGAAGAUGUUCGUGACAGCAAUGGACGGAAAGGGGGCGUUUCUUUUGGAUCGCUUCGUAAUGGGGUAGAACGAAGAGCUGGGGAAAUCGUAUAA